CUCUUACACGGUCAGCCACAGGUGCCCUGCACACACACGCACACACGCACACCUGGAGACUAUGGCAGCUGCAUGCAUAAUAUGUCAGAUCCCGACGCCUCUCCCUCCACUCAGCCUGUGAGUCUCCUUGUGUCCCUAGGAACUCCCCCGACCCCAAGCGUAUGAUCUCUUCCCUAGGAUACUCCACCCGCCCCGGUUAGUGGGUCUCCCCUCCUUCAUAGGAUUCCGCCCGCCCGUUCCUGUUCUCUGGGGUUUGUUUCUGUGAAGUUGAUUCCUUGUUUUGCUGCAGUGUCAUUGUUAUUCCGCACUCGCCUCCUGAUGUCACACACCCCCCUGACAUGACGUCACCAAGACAUCGCUUCUCUUUAUGAUGUAGAAUUCCUCAGAUUCUCCUCAGACGUCUACAAAGGAGCUGGGGAACCGGAGCCCGCCCGCGUCCUCUGACCGUCUCCUACGUCCCAGCCCUUGUCAUUACCAGCACCCGUAUUCAUCCGCAGCCCAUACAGCCACUGCAGAGUCCCCGCUCCGUCCACCGCAGGAUCCCAGAAGCAGCCGCAAUCUCCCUGCGCAGGCAGCGCUCUCUGUACAGCAGCUCUGCCAUACACCGUGCUGGACUCCUGCCAGCUGCCUUUCCCCCCGGGUUACACCUGCAGGAGCUGCACAUAGUUUCCCUGCAAUACUUCGUUUUGGUGCUGUCAACAUGUCCGAAAUUCUCCCCUACAGUGAGGAUAAGAUGGGGCACUAUGGCUCUGAGAGCGAGGUGGGUCAGAUCUCAUUCAGCUGCCGUCUCCAGGACACCAGCGCUUUCUUUGGGGGCAACCAGCAAAAAAGACCCCCGAAAUUGGGGCAAAUCGGGAGAGCCAAGAGAGUUGUUAUUGAAGAUGACAGAAUAGACGAAGUGCUGAAGGGGGUGUCGGACAAGUCUCCUUCCGGAGUAUAAGGUGUGGAAGUGGUUGCUCUCCAGCGCUCACUCUCCUCCCUGAUUUGUAAGCACUUUUGGCUGUGCAUGUUUGUGGACAUGGAGAAGAAGGAAAGGCUUUGAGGCUGCUGGCAAAUCUCCACCCUCCAACUUGAUCCAGACCCUCUGCAGGUCUCCUGAUGGUGCCAUCUGGCUCCCCACUCCACUCAGACCUCGCCAAUGACCUCCAAUGUGGAGAUGUCCAUUUCAGCACCUUCCUAUAACCCUUGUCACUGUUCCUCAUUCUGGGCUCUGGGGGCAGUGAUGAGUCUCAACUCAUGAUAAAGCCAACCCCAGAAUACAGUGGGUGCUGUUGUCCUUAGCAUCUGCCUGUGUGCCAAGAAGGUGCUUGUAGAUUGGGGCACCAUGGAGUUUUUGCCUACCAACUCCAAUCCUUGCCAGGUGCUGCCUCCUCAUGCCUCACAGUGUACACCCCAGGGGAUGUAGGUUAUUAGAAAUGCACUUUAUUCUGACAAUGUGUCUUUUGUGAAGUAAUAAUAUUUAGCUGUGAGCAUAUUUGUGGACCCACAGGGAACCCACCUGCGCAGCUGUGUUUAUAUAUCUAUAUGUACCUAUAUAUAUAUACACAGUAUAUCGAUCUAUAUAUAAUAUAUAUAUAUAGUAAUGUUUAUAUAUAGGUAUAUAUAGUAUAAUUUGUCUUUAUUAAUCCCAUGACCCCUUCAGUCCACCAGUAAGCCAGCAUCAAAACAAUAAUUGACUGGACAGACACCCAUCCCACCCUUCAUCUUGCCCUACAUGUUCAAGAUACCAGCAGGUCAGAAGCAGAGCAGCUGGAGGGCGCAGAGCAGACACAGGCCGUCUUUUUGCUGUCCAAACCCAAGCAAGAAUAAGACUUAAUUUGCUCCAUCUCUUGCAUGAGCUUCCGAAUUCAUCUUGGAUCCCACCCCUUCCCAGCACGUUCCUUUUUAACAGGAUCCCUUUACAUUUGUAUUUUUAUAAAUAACUCUUUGUUAUUAAUAUGAAUUCUGAUACAUGCUGGUGACUGUGCAAUGUCACAUCAGAGACGCAGCCAACUUCUGGAUGCAGACUGAUUGUCAGACAACUGGAUUGCAGUUUAGGGCAGUUACUUGGGGGUGCCCUUAUCAGGAGUUUAUGUAACAUACUGCUGCCACCACCACCACCACCACCACCACCAUGAAUGUGUAACAUUUGACCCAGAUAAUAGUGACACGCGUGCAAUCAGUAUGUGCUGGCAUUGUUUGGUAGAAUACUUAAAUCAAGAUGCUGCUUGCUUCUAGGACAUGUUGUUUCAUGUCAGAUUGUCUCUCUUAUUAAUGUAUUAUAUAGUACAUGUUUAACUAGAUAUACAAUGCUUUAUAUUCUGCUAAACUAUAUAUAUAUAUAUAUUAUAUAUGUUCUAGUUUUACUUUAGUGCAUAUCUAGAAAUAUGCUGCACAUUUCAUGUAUUACUUUUCCGUUGGUUUUAUUUCUGUACAUACUUGCGUAUGCAGCAAAUUAAAAUUUGACUUCUAGUAUUUGCAGCAAGAGAUAUGGAAUGUUUGCACAUAUUUCUACUUUGUAUCCACAGCAGUAAGCAGAUUAUCUAUAUGUACUAUUCCCAGUUUUCUAUAGCUGAUUCGUGAAAUGUCACCUUUGCUAGCUAUUAUAAUGUACUUCUAGGCAGUAUUGGUUCAUAGGGACAGUCUUCUGAAGAAAUGAGUGUUGGGGAAUAGGAUUUGGCCGUUGCUUGGCACCUCUUUGCUGUUGUACUGAUCUCUCUUAGGGAAUUUGCCUAUUGGGCUUGGUAACUAUGGUGUCCAUAAUCUGAACUCUAAACCUCUAUCAGCACCAAUUCCAAUGCCCACCUCUGCCCAAUAUUGUCAUCAAUAACCUGAUAAUACUGAGAUCAGCCAUCAACUUCUACAUAUUAGUUGAUGAACAUGUUUAGGGAACUGUCAGUACAGUUUUCACCACUAGAGAACUGCAGCAGGGAUAGAGUGUUGAGGAGACCUACAACUGUACCCAUUUGCUUGUACUGUAGCUAUCUGAUCCAUACAGAACAUCAGCGCAUAUGGGGCUUACACUGUAAUCUCCACAUUGCACUUUACUUGAGACCUAAAGCUGGGUUCACAUUGUUGACACUGUAGCAACAAAAUAUGUACUUAUAUAAUUAUAUGUAAUGUAGUAGAUGUAUAUCCUUAUAUAUGUCUACUAUGUACAUUAACUUAUAGAAAGCAACCAUAUUUCUUUGGGGAAAUUUUGUAGCUACAAAGUCUCUCAUAGAACACAACCUAACAUGCAUAUUUGCUGCAGAUACCUAGGGUUAAAAGUAAUAUAAGAAUGUAUGGCAUUUGUAAAGUAGCCAAUAGAAUUUGUACACUGGGGUUAUUGAUGCUGUUAUGUUCCCCGUAUCUGUACCUGUAGAAUAGACACUUGGGGACAUGUUUAGUUCAGUCAGUCAGUCAGUGUGCAGCACUUGAAGGUUAUGCAGAUGUCACAUGUCCUGGUGGUGGCACCUCCAUUCUCUGUCUAGAAUUGCUGGUGACCUCUGAAAUUAAAGGCUUAGACUGGCUGAAAUAUGUGGCUUGGAAAUUUUAUACUGCUAUCUGCAACCAAGGGAUGGUUUCAGGAAUCCAUGCAGUCUCUGAAUGUGAGAUAACAGCUGUUAACCGCCUCUUUAAAAGGGACGUAAUAGUUGUAUUUUUAAUUUUGUACGUUUCUUUUUUAUUAUUAUUUCUUUUUUUUUCUUUUUUUUCUUUUUUUUUUCUUAAAAAAAACCACAAACAAAAACAAAGCUUCUGAAUCCUCUGCAUGGACUUAAGACUCAAUAAUUAUACACCAUUUUUUGAUUCUGAUAUGGCAAUGCUGUGCCAUUCUGAGAAUGACUCAUUGUAUAUUAAUAUCAUUUCAACUGUAUUUGGUGAAUAAAUAAAUAAACUCUGAUCACCAGUG